CAUCUCUGUCUCAGCGGCACUUUUGCGCCAGACAAGUAGGGACGUUCUCCUGCUCAGCAGCGGAAAAGGGAAAAAAAAAACAAAACAAAACACGGGAAUCCAGGAAUUACUGAGGCGUUUAUUGACGGGAAGAGAUCACUCCCUUUUCCCAGUGAUAAUUUUUUUCCUCUCUAAGAUCUUGGGUUUUUGUUUGCAAAGAUGAUCGCUGGCUGCGUCCUGUUGGCGUGCACCUUACUUGUUGGCGCAUCCUCGGGGAGUAGGGCGGGCCAGCCCUUGAAACCUUCCUGUAGACCCGGCUUCUCUCAGAACUUCUACACGGUGAUUGUCCCCAGAGAUGUACUGCACGGACAGAGCAUCCUCAAAGAUACCACCCUGUCCAGCGAGCGUGUGAAGUUUGAGGAUUGCCAACGCAGCAGAGAGGUGGGCUUUGUCAGCAGCGACCCCAACUUCAGCGUGAGGCCUGAUGGGAGCGUGUACACAGAGCAGGAGGUGGCAAACCUCUCAGAACCUGUCCAGUUCAUGGUGACGGCGCGGGGGCUACAUGAUCCUCACAUCUGGGAGACCACAGUGAAGUUGGCCCUCACCGGACAUCUUCAUCCUCUACCACUCUCAAAGGUCGGCUUUGAAGAAAUGCUGUCACGGGUGUGGGAGUCCCAACCCAGAGUUAUCAAGUUUUCUCGAAGACAUCUGAGAGGUUCCUCUGCCAAUGGUUUGAGGCGGCAAAAGAGAGAUUGGGUCAUCCCACCCAUCAAUGUGCCUGAAAACUCCCGUGGACCCUUUCCACACAUGCUUGUCAGAAUCCGCUCGGAUCAGGAUAAGGACGUUGGCAUUCGCUACAGCAUCACAGGCGCCGGCGCAGAUCAGCCCCCGAGUGGAAUUUACAACAUAGAUCCCAUCAGUGGCAACAUGUUCGUCACUCAGCCCCUGGACAGAGAGGAGAGAGCAUCCUUCCAUCUGCGGGCUCAUGCGGUGGACAUGAACGGGAACCAGGUGGAGAAUCCAAUAGAUCUGUACAUUUAUGUGAUCGACAUGAAUGACAACAGACCCGAGUUCCAAAACCAGGUUUAUAAUGGCUCAGUGGCUGAAGGGUCCAAACCAGGCUCCUCUGUGAUGCAAGUCACAGCCAGGGACUCGGAUGACUCCACCACAGCUAACGGCAUGGUGCGGUAUCGGAUCCUUUCACAGACUCCUCAAAGUCCAAUUCCUAAUAUGUUCACCAUCAACAGCGAGACGGGAGACAUUGUUACUGUGGCAGCCGGCCUGGACAGGGAGAAAGUGUCCCAGUACACCAUUAUUGUCCAAGCCACAGAUAUGGAGGGCAAUCUAAACUUUGGGCUCUCCAACACAGCUACAGCUCUCAUAUCUAUCACUGACAUCAACGACAACCCACCAGAACUGACAGUCAGGACGUUUUCCGGGGAGGUUCUUGAAAACAAGGUGAACGUGGUCGUCACCAACUUGACAGUGGUUGACCGGGAUCAGCCGCACAGCCCCAACUGGAACGCGGUUUAUCGUAUCGUCAGCGGAGACCCCUCUGGACACUUUACCAUUCGUACCAAUCCUAUCACCAAUGAAGGAAUGCUAACAGUUGUCAAGCCGGUGGAUUUUGAAAUGAACCGUGCCUUCAUGCUGACAGUGGUGGUGUCCAACCAGGCCCACCUGGCAAGCGGCAUUCAGUCCUCUCUUCAGUCCACGGCAGGAGUCACCAUCUCUGUCCAGGAUGUGAACGAGCCGCCUGUCUUUCCAAUCAACCCCAAAAUGAUCCGUUUUGAGGAGGGUGUGCCGGCUGGAACCACUCUCACAGUUUUUUCUGCGCAGGAUCCUGACCACUUCAUCCAUCAGGUUGUCAGGUACUCUAAGCUGUCAGAUCCAGCUAACUGGUUGAAGAUCAACAGGACCAAUGGUCAGAUUACCACCAUGUCCCUGUUAGACAGAGAGUCCAUUUAUGUCAAAAACAACAUGUAUGAAGCUACAUUCUUGGCAUACGACAAUGGUAAGUCUGGUUCGCCUCAGGCCAGUGGGACUGGUACCCUCCAAAUUUACCUGAUUGAUGUCAAUGACAAUGCGCCUGUGCUAAUACCGAAGGAGGCCCAAAUUUGCGAGCGUGCCCGUCCCAACUCCAGAAUCAACAUCACAGCUUCGGAUGCUGAUGCCGAGCCUAAUGUCGGGCCUUUUGUGUUUGAGCUGCCUUCGUUUCCUCCAAGCAUCCGUCGCAACUGGACCAUUUCCAGACUGAAUGGUGACUACGCUCAGCUAAGGCUAAGGAUCCCUUACCUGGAGGCCGGUGUGUAUGGGAUCCCAGUCAUAGUGUCUGACUCGGGGAACCCUCCUCUGUCCAACCGCUCUCUGAUCAGGAUCAAAGUGUGUCCCUGUGACAACAAUGGGGACUGUAGUGCAACAGGAGCCGUGGCAGCUGCUGGUCUCGGCACUGGAGCCAUCAUUGCUAUCCUCAUCUGCAUCAUCAUACUGUUGAGUAUGGUUCUGCUGUUUGUGGUGUGGAUGAAGCGCAGAGAGAAGGAACGACAAGCAAAGCCCCUGCUGAUUGACCCUGAAGACGACGUUAGGGACAAUAUCCUGAAGUACGAUGAAGAGGGAGGAGGAGAGGAAGACCAGGACUAUGAUCUGAGCCAGCUGCAGCAGCCAGAGUCUCUGGACCACAUCAUAAACAAACCUACAGGGGUGCGCCGGGUCGAUGAGAGGCCUGUGAUUGCUGAGUCACAAUACCCAGUCAGACCCACUGUACCCCACCCAGGGGACAUAGGAGACUUCAUUAACGAUGGCCUGAGGGCAGCUGACAACGAUCCCACUGCCCCUCCAUAUGACUCCCUGCUGGUGUUCGACUAUGAGGGCAGCGGCUCUACUGCAGGUUCUGUCAGCUCGCUCAACUCCACCAGCUCAGAGGAUCAGGACUACGACUACCUCAACGACUGGGGUCCUCGCUUUAAGAAGCUGGCAGACCUCUACGGGGGAGGAGAGGACGACUGAGCGCAGAACGCAGGCAGUGCGGGGCCGGGGGCUGUGGCAGGGGUCAGGAGAGUUGGGAUAGAAUGAAAGGAUGUAAAACACAGGCAGUGUCUGACAACAUGAGGAGACCUAAGAGGAAUGGACCCUUUCCACGGGCUGCAGUAGUUGGUCGAGCCCGCAGACAAGAACUCUGCUGCAAUGCAACUGUAUUCUGGCUUUAUGGUUUUAGUGCCGAGUUUGUAGUGUGACAUUUUGAUUUUUUUUUUUUCUUCUUUUUUUCUGCUCUCUCGCCGCGCUGGACCUGGAUUCCUCCAGGGACGAAUCAAGGUGUCCGCGAGACACAAAAGUAGUGAAUUUGUGCUUUGAUUGAUUGUUAAAACAAAACUAUCUCCUGCUUUAGUCUGACACUGAAGAGAAUGUUUUUAUUUAGGGAGGGGAGGGGGAGGGGCACUCACAGACUCUCUCUUUAACUCUGUCAACUUGAAUUUCCUUAGAACAGAAGCACUGUCAUUUUAUAAAGUGCCUUUUGUGGUGUGUUUUUGUACCAGACUCCUGCUAUCUCAGGAUUGGUUGCUGUUCGCGCAGUACAACGGGGACGCGAUCUGUCGUUUCCCCGUCGCCCCUCCUGCGCUCCUCAAACCAGCCCUGCCCGUCUGUUUCCUCCUCACCCAUUCGCAGAACAUGCAAACGGCCCCAGCAGCCUGUCCCAGGAGGGGAAGAUGCAUCACAGGGCGGACUAUCUGGACUACCAGAUUUCAUAACCCAUUGAAUUAAAAAAGUUGUAAAAGGAGGGUUGGAUCCCCUCUUCUGCAAGAGCCUGCUCAGUUCACUAGCAUCCCUUCAACACAGCAACAUUUUUAUACACAUCGGGGUUUUAUAAUUUAUUGGAGAAUGCCUGCCUUUCUUCUGUGGACUCAUGAGGUUUAGCAGCCUUUGUGUUGAGACGCUUGCCUGCCCCUUGUAUGGUUUUGUGUUGCUAACUCCACGGUGUAAAGCUUAACGUAGGCAUGAUUCGAUUAGUCGGACAUCGUUAAUCGAGGGGAACUCAAAUGACUCGGAAACAAAGACGCCUCAGAACGAUUCUUCUGGUCGCCUUGAACAUUCCUGUUUGUUUUUUUUCCUGUUUUUUUUUUUUUUUAGACCAACAAAAUAUUUAAAGGUGCAUGUUUUUUUCUUUGGUUUUUGUUCUAUUUUUUGUUUUUUUCCUCAAAUGUUUUACUCAAAGCACUUGUUACUCUGUGGUGAGAAUGUGAAAAUAGUCAGCAGAAACUAUAUGAAUAUACUCUGUAUAAAGACACUGAGAAAAUAAAAAAUACUGUAAAGUACAUAUUUUUCAAGUAUCAAUGACAUAUAGCAGGGAAAAUAAGUAUUAACGCUGGUCAAAAAGAUGUCAGUAAUUAAAUUUAUAAUGGACACAUGAGCUUCAAAUUAGUCAAGAUGUUGGUAACAAUCCAAGCAGUUAAAACAUACAAAGAAAACAAAACAAAUUUCCGCUGUAAAAAGCAGAAGCUGUCUUUUUUCCAAGAAAAUAAAUAGGAAGAUCUUGUGUUAGGUGAAAGCAAAUAGCUCGGUUUAGACCUUUUCAUGUAUUGUUGGUUAAAAUGGUUAUUGGCUUAUCUGAACUGAUGAAUGUUUGGUACAUCUAUUUAAAGAGGCAAACAGUAAUAACUACUGUUGCGCCAAUGCCAUUUUUUGGCCCCUAUACUGAUACCCGAUACCUGGCUGUGCAGUAUACCAUCUGUUUGAAAUUUAUGUAUGUGGAUAUAUGAAGAGCUGCAUACUACUUCGAUGUAAAAUAAUUGCCAUCAUGGUUUUGUCAAGCUGCUGCCUACCUUUGUGAAGCAGGAAAAAAUAAUAAUACAAAGUGAAUCCAGUAGAACUUUUUAUUGCCUACCUGGAAGUGGUGACAAUAGGUGAAUAAUCUUUUGGCUGUCAAAAGGGUAUCGGUGCCCUAUUUUUUGGUACUCGCCGAUAUCGAUAGCUGGAUUGUGGCCCCGCCCGAUACUGGUAUUAGUAUUGGUGCAACACUAGUAAUAACCACACACUCUUCAAGAUUUUAAGAAAACAGAAUGAAAAAAUAACUAAAAGAGUUGCCCACAUGCAAGACACCAUUCCGAGAUUUAUUCCAAAGGACUUGGGAUUGGUGCAUUAAAUUCUUCUUGACCAAAACUGUAAGUAAUGCACUUAAAUACAAUGGUCUGUAAGUGUUUGCACUUAGUGCUGAACAAAAAUCAUGUUCAUUCUCCUUUAAAGUUUGUAGCAGAACAUUUAGAAAAGCCCCUAGAGUGUAGUCUUGUCAGAUAAGACCAAAAUGAAACUCUUUUGAUUCUUUUACAACACAUUUGUAUGAGGAAAAUAUAGGUGAAAUUAUUAUGGUAUGAAACUUUCUUUCAGCAUUCGGGUUCUUUGUAAAAAAAUUUAAGAAGAAAAGAAAGUCAUUUAUUUUUUCUAUUUUUUUUUUGUAGAAAGGCAUCCGUCCAAGACACUCUGCCAUGAUAACUCUCAGCGGGUUUCAGAGAAAAAAAAAUAAUUCUAUUGAUAGGUCCACAAGGAUCUACUGUAGUCAGUAACUUGAAUAGAAUCUGUUUUUCUAAAAAGUAAAUCAAAUAAAAACAAAGAACAUUUCUCCAAUUGUUUCAAGACAGAAUAAUAGGUUGAUUCUGAGUAAUGCAUAUAAAAAGGUCUUAAAGCAAAAAAAAAAAAAGAGCUAUUUUACACUUUCUACGAGUUCUCCAAGAUUGACUAAUUUGUGCUGGCUUCUUUGUAUGUGUAUAUUUCUAUUGUAAUAUCCAUUUGAACAGUCUAAUUACUACCUAUUUACUUAUUAUCUAUUCCAUAAUACUUAUAUUCCCUGCUGUAAAGGUUGUUGCUCUCCGUCUCGAGCUCCUCAGUGGGCUUCGUUGGCCCGUUCAUUUGUAAAAAUGUGGAUCUUCUGUUGAAAAUGCAUUUUUUUUCAAGAUGCUUGUUUAUAAAUUUUCUGCUUCAGUUCUGCUAACUUUUUUCAUUUCACAUCUUUUCUAUAAGAAACAUGCCCUAUCGUCUGCCUCUUACAGACGCUCUCCCUCGGUUGACUUCUUGCCUUGGGACGACUCAUUAGCCAUGCCUGCUGAUAUUAUAUUAUUCAAGGUACUGGAGUUCUUUUAUUUAUUCAUCUCGAUACUGGAUGUGUGCUUCAGGAAAUAAACAACACAUGUUUUGAAAA